AUGCGCGCUUUGGCUACAGCUCCGGCACUAUCAAGCAUUGAAGGUGAGCUGGUACGGCGCCGGCUGCCUCUGAUAUAUGACUAUCUCUCGCCGCAGCCAUCGCAUCUUCUGAGCCUGUCCCUCGAUAGCCUUAAUGUGUCAACACCCGGCUCAUCCGCUUCUCCUGAGUCCCAAUGGCGCCUCCCGUCCAUAACCAGACCGGUCCCCAUGCCUCGCGGCCACCAUCUGAUAUAUUUCCCGCCUCAAGUCCCUUCAUCUGAACUCCUUCCAGACGGCUGUGAUGAAUUGCACUCUCCCGGCCAGCCAUACAAUCGCCGGAUGUGGGCUGGUGGAUCGGUCCGAUUUUUCGGUGAUGGAGGCCCGUUGCUUACUGGACAGCGAGCGGUCUGUGUCGAAGGGAUACGCGAGGUGAAUAUAAAAGGCAAGGAAGGCGAUGAAAAGAUUUUUGUUGGAAUCGAAAGACGGGUAGCCACCGUGGAUGAACAUGAGAGUGAUGAUGCUGUCCGGAGUAGAGUCUGGACGCAAUCCGAGGAGGAACAAGGAGCCAGUAUGGUAAUUGAAAGGCGUAACCUUGUCUUUAUGAGAGACAGAACAUCAAAGGAAAUUGAAGCUGCGAAAUCUGCUGCUAAUAUAUCUCCACGAAGGAUAAUGAAAACUGAAUUCUCCCAGACCAUCAUACCUUCCAAAUCACUUUUAUUCAGAUACUCUGCCCUUACAUUCAAUGCCCAUGCCAUCCACCUUGAUCGAGACUAUGCACGUAACGUCGAAGGAUACAACGACCUUCUUGUCCAUGGACCUCUUACGCUCACGAUCAUGCUCAGCACAUUCCAGAAACAUGCGGCUACAUUAGGACAGGCUGUAUCAAGUAUUGAGUAUCGAAACCUAGCCCCCCUUCUAGUGGAGCAUGAGAUGAAGGUAUGCGCUGCACGCAAGUCUAACGGAUCAACGGGGAGCUGGGAUAUCUGGGUAGAGGACAACAAUGGGGGACUGGCAGUUAAAGGAGCCAUCAAGACUGUGCCAGUUGAAUCCGACUAA